CUAUGGCACCAUGGCAACAAAGGAAGUCGGGAUUUAGAAAAUAUCAAAUUUUGUUGUUCGUGUUUUGGAGCUUGUGUUUACUGUAAACAAGAUUCAACUAAAGAUGGCGAACUUAUGGAUGGAAGGAGAUCGCUACCAAAUAAAAGGGGUACCGGAUCGUGUGAAGAUGAACCAGUUGAACAACUUACUUCAUGAUUCACUCAUAUCAACAGAACAUGUUGAAAAAUGUGCGAUACUUGAUCGAAAAGAAAAAGAACAAAGAGCUGGUUCUCCUGGAUUUGUUUUACAAAAAGAUCAGAUCCUUUCUUUACAAGAAGCUUUCAAGAAAUGUUCCAUGAUAAGAAAAGAAGGAAUUUGUUUUGAAGAUAAAAACUACAAAUGUACAAGAGCUGACAAGAACUCGAUUUAUGCUAAACAGCUUCAGUCUAAUGAUGGAAUGAUUAUUACACAAACUGCUACUCUGUUGAUUGUUGCAACAUACACUGAGAGGAUGUUUCCAUCAGUUUGUGUGGAAGCCAUGGAAAAGUUGACUGACUAUUUCCGUGAAAAAGGAAGAUAAUCAUUGUGGUGUUAUAAUAUAUAUGUGUUGGCACAGUUUGGUCCUAAGCAGUAUUGUCCAAGAGUUUGUGACGUUAAAGAAAUUGUUUUAAGAGUCUGGUUUUAGUUCUGCUAGGUGGCGACAGAGAGAGGGUGUUUUUCUUGUUAGUAGGAACAAAUCAUCGGCUGUUAUUCGUUUUCUUUUGGCGUGUUUUGCAAACAAUUCAAGAUCGUGCGCAAAUAAAACAGAUUGCCUAGAAAACAAUUUUUGUUGUAACAUGAUUUUUAUUUAUCUUUUCAUUUUAUUGAAAACACAACGAUCACUUAUCGAAAUAAAUUAUAUGCUAUGGAUA